UGUCAUGGAGCUUAUAACCUCUAAACGGGGUUCAUGAUUUAGCGAUUACGUUAAUGUAUCCGGUUUGGAAAAUGGCGGGAAACAGCAAUUAAUAAUGACAACAAACAUUAUUGAAAUUGAAACAAACAUUAGUCAGUUGACAACUGAGUUGUCAGGGUUCUCACCAAGAAUUUUUCAUGAAGACCCCCCUGUAGGAGGUACAGAUGUGGAUAUACAGUUACUGGAAGCAGCAAAGGCUGGGGAUAUGGCGGUAGUUGAAAAAUUAAUUUUAGCUAACCAACACUCGGUGAACUGUAGAGACCUAGAUGGAAGACAUUCAACACCUUUACAUGUUGCUGCUGGAUAUAACAGAGUUACUGUGGUUGACUUUUUACUAAAGCAUGGUGCCGAUGUGCAUGCUAAAGAUAAAGGAGCACUGGUUCCUUUACACAAUGCCUGUAGUUAUGGACAUUAUGAAGUAACGGAACUAUUGAUAAAGCAUAAAGCAGAUGUAAAUGUUGCAGAUCUAUGGAAGUUUACCCCUCUACAUGAAGCUGCUGCUGAAGGGAAAUUAGAAAUAUGUAAAUUAUUGCUGAAGCAUGGAGCAGAUGCAACCAAAAAGAAUAAGGAUGGAAACACACCAUUGGACCUUGUCAAAGAAGGUGAUAAUGAUGUAGCUAAUUUACUUAGAGGUGAUGCUGCAUUGUUGGAAGCUGCUGAAAAAGGAAAGUCCUCUCAAGUACAGAAAUUAACAACACAAGAAAAUAUCAAUUGUAGAGAUAAUCAAGGGAGAAAUUCUACACCACUGCAUACAGCAGGCCUAGAAAUAAAAAAAGAAGGAAGAACCAGUCCAAACCGGACAAAGUUCAGAAAACUUUCCAGAGAGGUUUGUGGAGAAGUAUGUGAUAUUCCAGAAAACAACUCAGUCAUUUUCGUUUAUGAAAAGCGACCUUCCAAAGUAUCCCUCAUAGGUGAAAUAAGUUACCAGUUUUGUGACUUAAAGAUGGAUUCACCUGGCAGUAACUUUGACAGCGAAUUCUAUAGUCAGAUAACAUUCAUGUUUGUAAAAGAAGAUUUCCAAUUACAAGGAAUUGGUAAAAAGUUGGUGAAAAAAGUAUUGAAUGAGUUCAAAAGUCAUGAUAAAAGUAGACCAAUCAGAAUUCAAAGUGCAGGUCGUGCUGUAGGAUUCUUUGAAAAAUUGGGAUUUGUUAAAGUUGGAGAUAUCAUGGAAACAGUUUGUGGUAUUUCAGUAUUUAGAUUCAUGCAGAACAUGGAACGACCAAUACCAUCGCCAACAUGAUGAUUAUAUUUCAAAUCUUCAGUAUCUACUAAAAUGCCCCAUGUGCAUGGCCUAGGUUAUUCUAGGACAAUGAUGGCAUGAUAAACACACAAGAAACCAUGAAAUAUAAUGUAGGCUUUUAGGAUGGUAUUAGAUACUCAUUGCUCACAGAUUUGUGGAAAAACUAUUGAAGAAAGCAAAAAAACAUUGAUGUAAAUUUAGUACUUUGACAUAUAAUGUGAUUUGAGAAAUUACACUAAGGAAAGCAAAAAACAUUGAUGUAAAUUUAGUAUAAGACAUAUAAUGGGACAAGAGUAGAAACACUAAAGUAAAAAUCAUUGUUGUACAAUGAUUAUUGUAAUAUGACAUAUACAAUGUAUAAUAUGAGAAAAAAAAUCACUAAAGAGAGUAAAAAUUAUUGUUGUACAAUAAAUAUUGUAAUAUGACAUAUACAAUGUAUAAUAUGAGAAAAAAAACACUAAAGAAGUAAACAUUUUUGUUGUACAAUAAAUAUUAUAAUAUGGCAUAUAUGAUUUGAGAAAAAAACGCUCAAGAAAGUAAAAAUCAUUGUUGUACAAUAAAUAUUGUAAUAUGACAUAUA